CGCUAAAUGCAACAAUUUUUUUAAGACAAGUGUUAUCAUCAUUAUUUUAUUAUCAAUAAUAAUAAUAUAAUGAUUAAUAUUGUGUUUUAAAUAAUAAUGUUAUAAUAAACAUUGAUAUUAUAAUUAUUUAUUUAUAUUAUUUUUUAAAUGAAUAUUAUUUGUUGUAUUAUUAAUAAUAUGUGUGUAAAAAAAAUUAUUUUGGAGUCAGUAUGAGAGUCGCCAUUUUGGAUGAAUACGUUGUUGAAAGAAUCAUUAUAGCGGCAUUAUAAAUUUUUUUAUUUAUAUUUAUAAUUGUUUAUUGUAGAUCAUUGUGAUGAUAUAUUGAUCCUAAUAUAUCAAGUUAAUAUCCAGUAAUGACACAACAAAAUAAACCAAUGAGUUAUUUUCUACAAAACAUACAUAAUGGCUGUCCACAAGUUAUUAAAGUCGUGCAAAGCACGCCAAAUAAAAAUAUAUCAAGUAUCAUGGGAACGACAAAUAGUGGAGGAAUUAAAAUCCUCAAAACAUCUGGUCAAGAUUCACAUCAGGUGUUGUCAUCUGGACAGCAAGUUUUAAGAACAAUUAGUUUGCAGAGUCCAUCAACACCUACACAACGACUUGUUACAAUACCUAUACAACAUGCUAAAGUAUCAGCAGGAAAACCAGUUGAAGGAAUGAUGACAAAAACAAUUCAACUAACACCAGCUCAAAUGAAUGAUAUCAAGCAAGCAAUCGUAUCCCAGCAGCAAACCAGUGGACAACAAAUAAUAAAAGAUGCCAGUGGAAAAACAUUCGUCACACCUAUGAUGGAUCAUUCAAGUAGAAAACGUCAUGAUACUGAUGGCAGUGAUUUUGUUCCAGACAAAAGAAGAAAAACUGAAAAAGUUGGAAAAGGAUUAAGACAUUUUUCAAUGAAAGUUUGUGAAAAAGUUAAAAAAAAAGGUACAACAUCAUAUAACGAAGUUGCUGAUGAGCUAGUUGGUGAAUUUACAAAUCCAGCAAAUGGUAAUACAUUACCAGAUCAACAAUAUGAUCAAAAAAAUAUACGUAGACGUGUUUAUGAUGCAUUAAAUGUAUUAAUGGCUAUGAAUAUAAUAUCAAAAGAAAAAAAAGAAAUAAGAUGGCUUGGUUUACCAACAAAUUCAAUACAAGAAUGUAUAGCACUUGAAAAAGAUAAAAAGAAAAAAAUUGAACGUAUUAAAGCUAAAACACAACAAUUACAUCAAUUAAUAUUACAACAUAUAUCAUUUAAAAAUCUUGUUGAACGUAAUUGUGAAAAUGAAAAUAAAUAUGGACCACCAAAACCAAAUUCAGCAAUACAAUUACCAUUUAUAAUAUUAAAUACAAGUAAAAAAACUGUUGUUGAUUGCAGUAUAACAAAUGAUAAAUCUGAGUACCUGUUCAAUUUUAAUGAUAAGUUUGAAAUACAUGAUGAUAUUGAAGUUCUUAAACGUAUGGGUUUAGCAUUUGGUUUAGAAAAAGGUGAAUGUACAAAUGAAAAUUUAGCUAAAGCUAAAUCAAUGAUUCCUGAAUCAUUACAAAAAUAUGUUGAACAAUUGGCAUCGGGUGAUCUUGAAAAAUUCAUUCCUGUUACAUUAUCUGGAGCAAGUACAUCAAUUGAUGAAAUGGAUAUUAAAUUAGAGGCAAGCUCAAGACCACCAUCAUCAUCACGUACAUCAUUAUCAGAGGAACCGCUAUCACCACACUCAGGGUACUCUGAGGAAGAAGAAGAAGAUAUAGAAGAAUUUGAACACGAUGAACAUGUUGGGAUGGACAGUGAUAUUGAAAUCAACUAGCAUCUUUGCUCGUGAACAAUACAAAAUAAUAAUAAUAAUAAUAAUAUUAAUAAUAUUAAUAAUAAUUAUUAAAAAAGAAAUAAUAACACGAGACAAAACAAAUAAAAAAUAAUAAUAUUAAUAUUAAUAAAAGAGUAAAGAGCACGAGAGAAAAAGAAAAAAAAAAAAAAAGGAUUUUUAUUCGUUAGCCUAUUUUUUUUUUUUUUUUUUUUUUUUUAAAUUGAUUUUUGAUUAUUUUUUUUUUUUCUUAAAUAAAUUAUCAAUUUUUAACUAAAUUGCACGUUUUUUUUAAAUGCUAUAUCAGUGUAGAAUAAAUAAAUUAAUAAUUUAAAAUGAUUAAAAAAUGUAAAGCUAUUAAUAAAUUUUAGGAGAAAAAAAAAAAUUAAUUAUCUUGAAUGAUGAUUUAAUAAUAAUAUGAGAAAAUAAAUAAUAAAUAAAAAUUAUCUGGAUAUGGAAAGAAAAAAUUAAGCCAGAAGUUUUAUUGAUAUUUUUACAUCGCUGUAUUUUUACUUGUGCGUUUUCACUUGAAUAUUUCGAGUAUAAAAAAAAAUAAAUAAAUAAAAUAUAUAUAUUAAUAUUAUGGCUUUACAUUUGACAUAAUGAAUUAAAAUUAAUUUCACUAAUUUUAUUUAAGAAAAUAGUUGUGUAUAAAUAAUUCAUUGAUAUAGCGAAAUAAAAAGUGAAUCCUCCAAUUGGCCAAUUGUCAAAAUAAGAGAUAAAGAGGAAAUUUGGUUAUUGCUUGUAUAAUCAUAAUUGUUUGCUCCAGUUCGUUAUCAAUUAUUUUAAUUUUUAUU